AUGUCCUUAUGGGUGCCUUCAUCUGUCUUUAUGCAUGUUCAUCCCCUCCCCACCAUCCCAGUCGCGCCCAUCACCAUCUGGAUACUGCUGGGGAGAACGCUCACGCUCACCAUCGUACACUCAAGACCCUUCUUCCCCUCUGUCUUCUCCGCUAUCAACCUCCUCGCCUAUGGAACCUUCCUGUUCCUCCUCCGCUACCGCGUCUCAGCGUUGCUCGGUGCAAUGGUUCACGCCUCUGUUGCUGUCGUCUUCCCACUCUACUUCCUCACAUACCACACUGAUCCCGGAUUCAUACCCAAGGGCGAGCCCCCACCGAGUUAUGGGGCACAUAUUUCCAGCAGUGAGGGGCAGCGCGGGGAGGGGGCGGGAGGAGUGCAGCCCAAUGGGUGUGGGAUGGCAGAUGGUGGAAGUGUGAGAGGGGGAGGCGGUGAGGUGGCAGCGCAGCAGCAGGGAAAGCAGGAUUUGCAGCACGGGGAGCAGGAGUUGGGACAGGGGCAGGGGCAGAGGCAGGGGCAGGGGCAGUUGAAUGAGGAGCAGUGGCAAAGCUGGUGUGGAGCUGGGUGUCGUCACGGGGCUGCUGGAAGUGCCAUCGGUGAGUGGACCAAUAUGGACAUGGCCAUGUACACAUCGCCAUCUCUGCCCUUGUGUGCACAUGGCCAUGUUGUGGGCCUCACCUCUCUCUCCCUGCGCUUCUCCUCCCGUCCACACACCCCUCUCUCUGUGUUAACGUGUGGCGGUGGCCGCGGUCUCGGCACUGCUGGAAGUGACAUUGCUGUGUGGACCAUCACGGACGCACAUUCUCACUGCUCUCUCUCCUGCCUUAUCCUCCAUUCGUCCCCACACCCCUCUCCCCUACGUGCGAGCAGGUGUGGCGGUGGGCGCGGUCACGCCAUUGCUGGAAGUGCCAUCGCUGUGUGGAUCGAUACGACCACCACUGCCCCGCUAUAG